AAUAUCGAAGCGUUUACACUUACGCUCUCUCACUCUUUCAUACCUCUUCUCCUUCUUCAUCCUCUCUGUUCCGUACACUCGCCGGAGAAGACAACCGCCACCCCAAUCUCUCGCCGCAGUUAUUUAAUACGACAUCGUUGCACUCUGCUGCGCGAAUCACUAGCUUUGAAGAUCCUAACCAGCGUUUUCACGCUGUCGGGUUAGCAUUCAUCUCUUCAUUCCCGAUGCGCCGCCACCAACACUACUCGACAUCGACGCCCUGACGGAUGGGUUGUCUUCUCAGCACAUCCGCUACCGAACAACGCCCUACCAACGAUGCAGACAACCGCAGACGUCGCCGCAGCACCGAGGAUAAUCCCGUCACCGACGGCGUCCCCACCGUUAGGGCCAGGGAGGACGCUGCAGAGAAAGGUAGGCAGAAUAAGACGAGAUACACCGGCGACUUUCCGGCACCAGAUCGCCGGAAGCCUCGCCAGGACCUUUUCCUGAAAAAUCAGCAAGGCUGGCCGACCUGGCUCGUUGACUUCGCCGGCGACGCCAUCAAGGAUUGGGCUCCUCGCCGCGCCAACACAUUCGAGAAGCUCGCCAAGAUCGGGCAAGGGACUUAUAGCAAUGUAUAUAAAGCAAAGGAUCUAAUAACUGGGAAAAUAGUUGCUCUGAAGAAGGUUAGGUUCGAUAAUUUAGAGCCUGAGAGUAUAAGAUUCAUGGCCAGAGAGAUUCUUGUUCUGCGCCGCCUUGAUCACCCCAAUGUGGUUAAGCUCGAAGGCUUGGUCACUUCAAGAAUGUCUUGUAGUCUUUACUUGGUUUUCGAGUACAUGGAACACGAUCUCGCUGGGCUCGCAGCUUGCCAAGGAGUCAAGUUCACUGAACCACAGGUCAAGUGCUAUAUGAAGCAGUUGUUGUCUGGGCUUGAGCAUUGCCACAGUCGAGGUGUCUUACACCGUGACAUCAAGGGUUCCAAUCUGCUAAUUGACAAUGAAGGAAUUUUAAAAAUUGCGGAUUUUGGACUGGCUACCUUCUAUGAACCUGGGCAGAAACAACCUAUGACUAGUCGAGUUGUCACGCUAUGGUACCGCCCCCCUGAACUUCUUCUUGGGGCUACAUUCUAUGGGAUUGGUGUGGACCUUUGGAGUGCUGGCUGCAUCUUGGCAGAGUUGCUUUCUGGAAAGCCAAUCAUGCCAGGACGGACGGAGGUGGAACAACUGCAUAAGAUAUUUAAAUUAUGUGGCUCCCCAUCUGAAGAAUAUUGGAGGAAAUAUAGGCUGCCAAAUGCAACACUUUUUAAGCCGCAACAGCCAUACAAACGUUGCGUUGCAGAAACUUUCAAGGAUUUUCCACCUUCUUCUCUACCUCUGAUAGAAUCUCUUCUUUCAAUAGACCCUGGUGAACGAGUCACUGCCACAGCCGCUCUAAAUAGUGAAUUCUUUACCACUGAACCUUAUGCUUGUGAGGCAUCAAGCUUACCGAAGUAUCCACCAAGCAAAGAAUUGGAUGUCAAAUUAAGAGAUGAAGAAGCUAGAAGGCAAAGAGGUCUAAGUGGGAAAGCUAAUGCUGUUGAUGGUGUGAGAAGAGUUAGAGCUCGUGAGCGUGUUGGUCGGGCAGUUCCAGCUCCAGAAGCCAAUGCAGAGAUUCAAGGAAACUUAGAUAGGUGGAGAAUUGUGACACAAGCAAAUGCCAAGAGCAAGAGUGAGAAAUUCCCACCUCCUCAUCAAGAUGGAGCGGUUGGACAUCCACUAGAUACAUCACGGAAAGGCCCUGUAUCGUUUGGUGCACCUGAUGUUUCUUUUGGCUCAUCAAUAUUUAAUUCAAAGCCAUCAGGAUCUGUCAAAAGUAUUGGGGCUGGUGGGGGACCUUCUAGGAGGAAAACCAAUAAAGACGACAACCAUAGAGCUUCAUCGCAGAAGUUUAUCCGUGCAUUCAAGCCAUCCUCCAUAGGGCUCUCAAUGGAUCUAAUAUUCAAGGCAAAGAAACCAGUUGCUGAGGUUUCUGGCAGCUGAAAAGAGGUGAAGUGCAAAUUUUUGGAAUUAGGGUUUUCUGUCAAGCUGAGUCUUGGUUUUGGAAUGUGUUUGUCUUCAUUAUUGUUCCCAUUUUUUUGCUCUUAAAUCUUUAUAAGCCUUUGGCGUAUAAUCCGCACAACAGUAAUCCCAGAAUUUGUAUAUUCAGGCAAAAAAGAAAACACGAAAAAAAAAAGUGAGAAUUCCACUUCUGCUGUACAGGUUUUGGAAGCAAUUGCUACCUCUGUAAGAAUUUGAAAAUGGUAUUCCUCAUGUUUAUUUA